AUGGCUAUGGGUGGGGAAAACAAAUCACUACCCAGCCUCAUUGGAAACCAUGAUAAAUACUAUCAUGAUUCAGUGACCGUCGUGAACAAAGGAUAUGAGAUGGUGUUGGUUAAGAUCUUGACAAUAUUUAUGUCUUUGGAUCUGUCAAACAACAAGUUCCAUGGCAAUGUUCCAGAAGAGAUUGGUGAGCUAAAAUCAUUGGUUGUGCUCAACCUGUCACAAAAUGUUUUCGAUAGGCGAAUUCCAAUAUCAUUGGGAGAGUUAUCUCAACUUGAAUCUUUAGAUUUCUCAAAGAAUAAAUUCUCAACAGUGAUUCCUCCACAACUCACCAGUCUAACAUUCCUGGCAGUAUUGAACAUGUCUUACAACCAACUAGCCGGUUGCAUUCCUUUGGGUAACCAAUUCAAUACUUUCACGAAUAGUUCCUACAUUGGAAAUACAGGAUUGUGUGGAACCCCACUCUCAAGAAAAUGCAGUGAAGAUGAUGAUGUACCAGUUGCACAUGAUGAGAGCAUGGAAGGUGAAGAAGCCAUGUUUUAUUGGACGUUUGCAGUUGCAGGAUGUGGGUUUGGGUUAGCUGUUGGGUUAACAAUCGGGUUUACAUUCUUGGCCAUGGAUUAUUCAAUGGGUCGUAAAGCAGCAGCAGAAGAAGAAGCAGGCAAGAAGGAACAAGAAGAAAGUGCAGUUAACAGUCCUAAAAGAAGAUAG